AUGGGGCAGGGCCACUGGCUGUUCCACCUCCAAGGCCCCCUAUGGGGCCCCCCCCUCCAGGCACGCCAGCCUUCCAUGCUGCUGGUGCUCCUGGCCAGAAUGGGGAACCUCCCAUGGCACACCAUCAGUACCGACCGGGCAUGGCGCAUUACAGCGAUCAAGCUGCCUGGACAGACUAGGGUGACUCCUGAUGAAUACAAAGAGUUUCUGGCGCUUGGGCAUGGCGAGAUCUUCAACUUGGACCUCAACAGGUGUGUUGAAGCCCCAUGGCGUACAGCUGCUGAUCCCUCUGACUAUUUCAACUAUGACCUCACUGAGGCAACAUGGAUGGAGUACUGCAAGAAGGUGGACCGCAACCGAUUGGAGUUCACAAUGAAGAAGAAGAUCCAGACCUAUGAGUCUGGGCCCACAAACCCAGACCAGGACCCAGAUCUGCCACCUGAAGUGGCAGCAGCAAUAGCAGCUGAGCAAUUUCAGACUAGAAAUAUGGAAGGAUCUACUAUUCAAAAGGCAUUGCCAAUACCAGUGUUUCAAGGCGGGAAUGAGGACCCAUCACACAAGCAAAGGCGCGGCCGCGACUUCCGGAGACCAGAGGUACGGUACGAUCCUGAGGUGAUCAUCAAGCUGGCUGGGGAUCUGGAGCCUUCAAAGGGGGUGAACACUGACUAUGGUGACGAGUACAUUGCACCAUUUGGCCCAAGAAGUGGAACGUCAAGAGAGGCGGUUGGACCACCAGCUCCCAAAGAAAAUGGUGCUAUGGACGAGCCACAUAGUCGUCCAGCAGCACCGACCCCAGGGAAGGGAAUGGAGGGCGGUCAGCAGUCGAUGCCACCACCAUUCCCAAUGCCAUUCGGCGAGGAUAUGCGACGAGAUGGCAGUCCUGGCCUGCAUGGCGAGCCACCACCUCCUCCCCCUCCCCGACCCAGGUCUCCCAGGGAGACGUUUAAGAUGGACGACACGUGGGAAGCAGCCUUGUUUCACAAUGGCCCGCGACAUAUGGGGAGGAGGGGGGAUGCACCUAUGGCCCCUGGUGCUCCAAGGAUGGGCAUGGACUUUGGACCAGGACCAGGGCCAAUGCCGUGGCGUCCAGGGCCAGACCCCAGGGGGGAUAUGCGACACAUGCCAAAUGGUGGACCGAUGGACCACCACCCACAGGAGGACCCCAGAUGGCAAGGGCCAGAUCGCGG